GACUCAGAGAGGAGCAACAUGUCCGCCGUGCAGCUGCUGCGGGAGUCGGUCCAUGACCGGAUCCUCGCUGCCGCUGAAGACUUCCUGCUGCAGGUGGAGGAAGGAGGAGGAAAGGCUCGAGUCCCGGAGCUGAGAGCGAUGCUCACCGAGCGGCUAAUGGCGGCGGAGGAGCAGAUCCUCUCGGUGCUUGAGGAAACCUUGUUAGAGUCCGAGGAGCGAGUGGAGCGGUCCGAGCGGGAGAUCUGCCGCCAGAGGAGGCUGCUCGAUGCCGUGAUGCAGCCCGAAGUCCGGCUGCACAGAGCAGUGUGUCCUGCAGACAUCCAGCAACUGAUGGUGAUUAAAGAAGAGGUUCCCCCUGAGGAGCAGCAGUGGAGCCCCCUUGUGGACAAGAAGGACCCAGAGCCCCCCCACAUUAAAGAGGAACAGGAGGAACUGUGGACCAAUCAGGAUGGACAGCAGCUUCAAGGACUGGAGGAGGCUGAUAUCAAGUUCACAUUGACUCCUGUCGCUGUGAAGAGUGAAGAAGAUGAAGAGAAACUUAAAUCGUCAAAGCUUCAUCCGAGUGAGACGAAAGAGAACAGAGCGGACUGUGGAGGACCAGAGACAGACAGGAACUCAGGUCCUGAUGGACGUUUACAACCAGGUCCUGAGGACAAGACUGAAGACUCUUCUGAGACUGACGACAGUGAGGAUUAUUGGAUGGAGACCAGGGAACCUCAGACAGGUUUGAAUACAAGAAACAACAAACAUCCUCGAAGUGAUAUGGGAUCUAAGACAGAAAAAAAAUCGUUUAGUUGCUCUGAGUGUGGUAAAAGAUUUACCAAAAGGGGCAAUCUAAAUAAACAUAUGAGGAGUCAUACAGGUGAGAAACCGUUUAGUUGCUCUGAGUGUGGUAAAAGAUUUACCCAAAGGGUCAAUCUAAAUGCACAUAUGAGGAGUCAUACAGGUGAGAAACCGUUUAGUUGCUCUGAGUGUGAUAAAAGAUUUACCCAAAGGAGCAAUCUAAAUAAACAUAUGAGGAUACAUACAGGUGAGAAACCCUUUAGUUGCUCUGAGUGUGAUAAAAGAUUUAACCGAAGAGGCCAUCUAAAUACACAUAUGAGGAGUCAUACAGGUGAGAAAUCGUUUAGUUGCUCUGAGUGUGGUAAAAGAUUAAGCCAUAGAUGCCAUCUAAAUAGACAUAUGAUGAGUCAUACAGGUGAGAAACCGUUUAGUUGCUCCGAGUGUGGUAAAAGAUUUAACCAAAGGAGCAAUCUAAAUACACAUAUGAGGAGUCAUACAGGUGAGAAACUGUUUAGUUGCUCUGAGUGUGGUAAAAGAUUUAACCAAAGGAGCGAUCUAAAUAGACAUACAAGGAUUCAUGCAGGAGAGAAGCCGUUCAGUUGCUCUGAGUGUUGUAAAAGAUUUACCAGAAGGAGCACUCUAAAUACACAUAUGAGGAGUCAUACAGUAGAGAAACUGUUAAGUUGAUCUGAGUGUGGUAAAGAUUAAAGAUUCAGUCCUAUCGUACGAGACGUGAGGAUUCAUAAAGGGGAUAAGUGAUUCAGUUGCAACCUUUGCAACAUAGGAUUUCUUAGGAUUUAUCAGCAGAUAUUCAUAUUAUAAAUUAUUCAUAGUUCACUGUUUAAAAUAGACUUAACAGUUUUUUAUUACUAGAAAAUAUAAUUCAUUGAUGACAAAUGAUUUGUGUUUAUAUAUCUUGUUUCUACUGAUUUCUACAUAAUUUCUCUAUUUUUCCUAAUCUCAUGUCAUUUUAAGGUUAAAGUGUGUUCCUUGCACAGUAUGAUUGUUUGUUCCUAACUAGUUCAUAUGAUUAAAUAUGUUUGUUUAAAACAGUGGUUUCUUGGUUUGUGAGAUUCAAUGACAGUGUGUG